AUGAUAGAUUUAUUGGAUCUACCAACGGAAUACGAAGUUAAAAAGAUUUACCUUAACAAAGGAACCAACAUUUCAACUAUCCUUUAAGAGAAGCCCUAGUUCCCUAUAAUCAUCAACCUUAUAUCAUUUGAUGAAAAAUCGUACACUUUGAGUUUUGACUCUAUAGAAGAGAUCUCAGAAGGACUUAAUUCAGCUUGCCUUAGUAUAUCUAAUGGAAGACCUUACAUAAUCAAAGAGAGCAACACUGAAUAGGCAAAUUACUAUAGAUCUAUAGAAGAUUUAGAAUAUGUAUAUUAGAAUGGUAUUUAUCGCCUCUUAAGAGACUAAAAUGAAGUCUAAAAUAUUUGUAGUAAUAUUUGUAACGUUGAUGAGAGCUUUUUGCGUAAAUAUGAAGAGCCAUUCAAAAUUGGUAUUCAUCUUGAAGUACAAGCUGCGUUUAAGUAGAUGGAUUAAGGUGAGUUCUUCUACAAAUGUUCACAUACAAAUGGUAAGAUACAGUUCAUUUACAUGAGAAUUGACUAGAGCGCGAACUAAAUCCAAUAUUAUUCCAGAAAAUAAAUUCUGAAGAGAAUUCCUUUCAGCUCAAUUGUUGCUAUUAAGUUUGGAGUUCAUAGCGAUGCGAUUAGGACUUAAUUCAAAAAUAGGUUCUCCGAUACCUCUUUGGUUAUCGUAUACAAGAAUGAAGAGAGUAUUUUUAGUAGCUUUUUAGAUGAUAAAGAAUUGCAUUUGACAUUUAGGACAGAGAGAUAAUUUGACUUGUGGGGUACUGGUCUAAAAGCAUUGCAGUUAAUGAAUUCUUCAAGAGAUAUAUCUAAAAAGAAUUUACUUUGGCAUUCAAGGUUGUUUAAAAGAUUCUUUAAUAACUAAGAAUUUUAGCUUAUUGACACUUUUUUUAACAACUCUGAGAUUUAUAAUAAACAUCUUUAGGAGAGUAUCACAUAUGAAACAACUCUAUUAGACCGCAGAAUCAAUUUUUGCUUUGAAAAGUAGUAAGAUGAGCUAAAAGCAGAGUACGCUACUUUUGAAAGGCUAAUUAAGAAUAAAUAAAUAUCUAUUGAAUUAUCAAAAUCUCUUCCUAUUGCUGUUGGAAAUGUCUACAAAGCAUCAACAACUAUGAAAAAUUAGAUAAUUUAAAUGAAACAAACGAUACAUAAUCUAUAAUAAACCAAAUCCAAUAAAUCAAAAGAAGUUGACUUGCUCGAUUUGAAGGAGUCAAAUAGCAGUGAAAAUGCAGACAAGGAAAACAAAGAAAACAACACCAAAUAAAUUUCUUCAAGGACUAAGUAAAUAAAUUUCUUGUAUUAUGAAGCUUUUAAGUUUUAGUAUAGAUUGCAUCAGUCGAUUUCUUUUAUAUCUAACAUCAAUAAGAAACUAGCUGAUUGA